GAGACCCUUAGAGAGAGACACACAAAGACUGGGAAACUCUGAAGGAGACAGAGACUGAUGAGACUCGGAGAAACAGGAUAACUUGGAGACUGGGAGACGCAGAGAUAGACUGUUGGAGAGACAAUAACUUGGGGACUGGAGGAGACAGAGAUUAGAGAGAGUCCUGCAGAGACAAUAGCUUGGGGACUGGGGGAGACAGAGACAGCUAGACUUGGGCCGGGAGGAUUUAUGGACGGAGUGCAAGACGAGAGACUGAGGGGCUGAGGGAGGCAGAAACAGACAUGAGGCGAGAGAAGCCCGGUCGGAGCUAGAGAGAGCCUUCUGGAGCCCUGAGCUAGGCUGGCCUGAAGGGAGGCUGCAGGAAUGGGGGCCUGACGCUGGAGCUGCCGGAUCCCGGAGGAUCCCAGCCUUUGGUGAGGAGCUGAACUAACCUCCUAAAGCCAGGGGAGGCGAGUGGAAGCCCUGGGGAGCCCAGGCCAUGGCAGACACCCCACUCCUGCAUGGAGAGUUUGGCUCCUAUCCAGCUCGAGGUCCCCGAUUUGCACUGACACUCACCCCUGAGGCCUUGCAUGUGCAGCGACUGCGCCCUAAACCAGAGGCCUGGCCCCAGGGGGGCCUGGUCCCUCUGGCUGAGGUCUCUGGUUGCCGGACCUUGCGAAGCUGCUCUCCAGAUGACUCUGCUGCUUACCUGUGUGUCUACACUUACCCCCGGAGCCGGCGGGGUGGCAGGCGUCGGGCAGCUCGGACCUUCCGGGCUGACCAGGCCCCUGACUACAAGGAGAAUCAUGCGGAGGCCCAGAGAUGGGCCACUGCUCUCACUUGCCUUCUUCGAGGGGUGCCCUUGCCUGGGGACCUUGAGAUUACACCGGAGCUCCUGCCCAGGCCCCCCCGGCUGCUCCUAUUGGUCAAUCCUUUUGGGGGGCGGGGUCUGGCCUGGCAGUGGUGUAAGAACCACGUGCUGCCCAUGAUCGCCGAAGCCGGGCUCUCCUUCAACCUCAUCCAGACCGAGCGGCAGAACCAUGCCCGGGAGCUGGUGCAGGGGCUGCGCCUGAGUGAGUGGGAUGGGAUCGUUACUCUCUCCGGGGAUGGCCUGCUCUAUGAGGUGGUGAACGGGCUCCUGGCCCGGCCAGACUGGGAGGAAGCCGUGAAGAUCCCCGUGGGAGUUCUGCCCUGUGGCUCUGGCAAUGCUCUGGCUGGAGCAGUUAACCAGCAUGGCGGGUUUGAGCCAGCAAUAGGCCUAGACCUGCUGCUGAAUUGCUCUUUGCUCAUGUGUCGGGGUGGUGGAUCCCCUCUGGACCUCCUCUCGGUGAACUUGGCUUCUGGAGCCCGAUGCUUCUCCAUCCUCUCUGUGGCCUGGGGCUUUGUGUCAGAUGUGGACAUUCAGAGUGAGAGAUUCCGUGUUCUGGGCCCUGCCCGGUUCACCCUGGGCACAGUCCUUCGGCUGGCCUCCCUCCACGUCUACCCAGGUCGCCUUUCCUACCUGCCAGCCUCCUCCCCAGUCUCCAACGGCCCCCCAACUCUGUCCCAGGCUCUUCCUCGAGCUGCCUCAGAACUGGCCCUCGCCCCCACCCCAGCCUCAGUCCCUUUGAGAGAAACUCACUCACCCUUGCACCGUUCAGUGUCUGACCUGCCCCUGGCCCGAAGCGCACACUCCUCCUCAGAGAUCCAGCUGGACCCUUCCCCAUCUCCCCCUCAUUCCCCAGGACCCUGCCUCCUGUCCCCUGACACUCCUCUCACCCCUGGGCCCAGCUCAGAUCCAGCCUCGGUUUCCUCCUUAGCCUUCAGCUCCUUGAUGGAAAGAGUUCUUCAGGGUUCAGAGCCCCCAGCCUCCUCUGACCCCUCAGCCUCUCCCAGCCCCCUGAUCCCCUCGGAUCUCGAAGCCUCCCCUGGCCUUCUGGCAUCCUUAGACACCCCGUGCUCCCCCGAUUCUCCAGCCUCUGAAGAUCCCCAGGGACUUGUGGCCCCCAGGCUUUCUUCCUCCCCUCCCCAUGCUGCCUCCCUAGACCCUGGGGAGGCUCCUCCUUCCUCCAAGUCACAGGCUUCCCCAGAGCCUGGGGCAUCGCCUGGUUCCCUCCAUGGCCCCAAGGAUGACCUACUGCCUCCCCUCGGCUCCCCACUGCCCCCCGGCUGGGUGACCCUGGAGGGUGACUUUGUGCUUAUCCUGGCCCAGUCAACAAGCCACCUGUGUGCCGACCUGGUGGCGGUCCCCAAUGCCCGCUUUGGGGAUGGGCUGGUGCACCUGUGCUGGGUUCGAGGUGGGGUGUCCAGGGCCUCCCUGCUCCGACUCUUUCUGGCCAUGGAACGGGGGAGCCACUUUGGCCUGGGCUGUCCCCAGUUGGGCUACGCAACAGCUCGGGCCUUUCGCCUGGAGCCUCUCACCCACCAUGGGAUCCUCACCGUGGAUGGGGAACAGGUGGAGUAUGGGCCUCUGCAGGCCCAGAUCCACCCUGGCCUAGGCACCCUGCUCACAGGCCCCGAGGCCUGAGAAGCCCAGUGAGCCGGGGGAGGCAGGGCCCAACCUGGGAAUCCUCCUGGGGCUGGGGAAAGGAAGCCCCGUCUCCAGGUCUUAUACCAUUGGGAGUCUGGGCGAGCGAAGCCUCUCACCUCAGGGGAUGUGAGGCUGGUCCUCCACACAGGGACCAGGGCUGGAGGGGUCUCCAGAGCAAAGGGGCCGAGAGUGAGCUGGACCUCCUGAGGGCAGAGCCUCCCCCUCCUCAGCCCCAUGAUGGGACCCAGAACGUGGGGGGCACCAGAGGGCAGGGCUGCCUGGCUGCCUCCUUUGCUCCCGGUGAGCAUCCCCCCUUUCUUUUGCACUAGGACCCCCUCCCUGAGGGGUGGGGAGUGCCAGGGACCCUUGGGUCCUCCUGCCUCAGUUUCCUUUCUCUAGCCCAGUGGUCUUCAAGGCGACAGCCUCUAUGCAAUAAACAGUAACGCUUGCUUCAGCCCUGUGGCUCUUCCUAUGCCAGGAGGGAAGGCAGUC